AAAAGUGUGACCGACUCUCCCGCCGGGAAUUGAACCCGGGUCUCGAGCGAUUGCCAGAAAUCCGAGGGAAAUCAGUGACAAGCUCACAUACUGACCACUAUACUACGGAAGACUUGUGGAUGUGUUCACCCACCGUAGCUUGCAGGGGUGUCGCAAUUCACCGCAUAAGAAUGCGUCACUCAGUGAAGAAUUUCGCGAUGUUUUUCUCUCCUCCGCACUUCCUGCCAAAGCUCGCGUGGCAACUGGCAAUUUUGUCAAAGCAGAUUAGCGGAAUGCAAUCCUCCCCAAAUGCCACCCACCAAGACGGUCCAAUCCUGUUCUUUGAAUCGCAUUUCCAGAAUCAAUGUAGCAUGCCAGCGCUUGGCAGGCGAGAGCUGAAAGGAAAUGUCCCCUCGAACAGGGAAACGAGUCAAGCGACUCAAGCAUGCCUGGCGAUUCGCUGGCAGCAUCUCCAGACGAGAUCUUGGACACCUCCAGACUCUAGUCUUCCCGAGAACGGUCUGCGCCUUGACCGUGGCACCUGGUGUGAAGGCGCACCACAACAAUCAGCAAAGGUGCAUGCUACCUCCGUCAUGCGAUCGCGCCGUUCGUCCGAGCCUGCAGGGGAGGCUGAAGCGACGGGAAGAAGGGCAGAGUUUCCACCAGUAAUGAUGGCGUUUCUGAACAGAAAACCCAACAGAGCGUCUAGGAAACCAGAACGAUGUUCUCCAGAGUCCAAGACGGUCUACCUUUCGCGUCGAUCAAGCCCGAUUCAGGAAAUGGCCUCUUGGGUUUUGUAUUUGGAAAGUACGAAUCUGGCGAACAGAUGUGAACCAUAACUUGAAGGCCUUUGGGACUCAAUUCGACUAUUGACUGCAAGGCACUUCUGGGGUGGCAAAACGAGGUCAAGAACACCACAUAGAAACGACGUUGAGGUUACCCCCUUGGUG